AUGGUGGAAUCUUUUGGCAUGUGUGCACCUUGAAAGUCCACAAUGUUUUCAAGGCCUGCAGCCAAAGAUACUGAAAAUGAUCUACUUAUGCUGCAAGAGAAAUUUGUUACAGGUCGUUUGAACCCUGCAGCAGCCGUUGUUCGGUCGAACACAAGCGAGGAAUCUCGGUCACUAGGGGAAAAGAGAGACGCACCAUGCGACGUACAAGUUACAAGAGACGUCGUCACGUUACAGGGUCUUCCAAAAGUACAACCAUCCAGCAGAUUAGACUCUGGAUUCCCACCAAAGAAGAAAUCGAGAUUCAAAACAAGACAUCAAGAGACCUUUAAGAACAAAAGGCAAGAUGGCGAAGAGGAAAUGGACUGUGAAGAACUUCUUGAUGUUCAUGACAGGCAUGUAACUUCAGUGCUGUCUCAGAUUCAGGAGAAAGAGAUUGGUAACAGAAGUAUUGCUACUCCAAGAGUGUCUGAAAGAGGAUUUCCCAUGGUUCUCCAUCGUGGAAACAUCAGUGAGCAAAAUGUGUCAUCAAAAGAAACCAUUUCUCAAAGCAGAAAAAGUUUGUUUGCCCAGCAAUUUGCUGCAUCAGGUGCAGUCACAUUUGGUGUGCCAAAACACCAAAAAGACAAUUUACAGAAGACAAUAGAGGAGGUUAAAGUUACCCAAGCAGGUUCUUGUCCAGUGGAAUAUCAAAAGUCCUCCUUGAUUUCUGGAGAAGGUCUGGCACAAGGUUCAGAGAGAAAGACUUUGAAGGACAAGGCAGUUGAUGAAAUCCACAAAGAGAACGUAGCUAAGCUGGAAGCUAUGACACAUGAAGAGAUCAUGGAGGAGCAAGCCAGGAUAAAAUCAGCACUGGAUCCAAAUCUUGUUGCUUUUUUGACAUCACGACACAAAAGAAAGGUUGAGGCAAUGGAUACAGCUUCAAUAGAAGAAAAACAAGUUGGUCACAAGAACAGUAACAACCCUACUGGAGAAAACAUAGGCCAAGUUGAAAAACAGGUCCAAUUCAAUGAAAAUGUUGAAAUGAUCAAAGAGGGAAAUGAACAGAAUAGAAUACAAGAAAAACAGUCUAGUGAAGUGAAAAAGAUUGGAGAUGUUGAAGUCUCUAGCAAAUGGAUUCACAUGGACACUGUGGAAUACGAGAAGCUAGAAUGGAUGAAAGAUUGCCCUCCACCAAGCGCUCUGGAAAGCAAGGAAGGAAACCAAGCUCGUUUUGACUUCAACGGCUGCUUAGUUUCAAAAAUGGAUGACAUCCCAGUGUACCUUGGUCUUCAUCACCAUGGUAAGGACCCAAGCUCUCCAGGUUAUACACUAGAAGAACUCUUUAUUCUGGCCAGAAGCAGCUUUUUACAGCAGCGUGUGUUGGCUUUGCAAGUUUUGGCCAAAAUCAUGAGACAGGAUCAAAUGGGAGCAUUUCAAGGACAUCUUCAGGGUGAUGUGCUGUCUGCACUACUGGAUGCUGGAAUCCUGUUCCUUCUCAGAUGGUCAUUGGAUGACACAACAGAUGCUGUCAUGGCUGCUGCUACACAAGGAUUAGCAGCCAUCCUCAUUGUGCCAAGUGAUAAGGAAUUAGCUGACAAGAUGUGUGGUUUUCCACGAGGACAAGAGCUUCCAGCACUCUCUCCUGUCAGGGAAAGCAAAGAACAAAAUAAACAGCUCAGGAAGGAUGAAAAGGAGGAGGAGAACAAUCUAACUGAUGCUGAACUAUUGAAACAGGAUGUUGUGAAAGGCUUGAUCCAGAUGAGUAUUUUACCAAGACUAAGAUACAUCUUGGAGGUCUGUCAUCCUUCUGUUCUGGUAGUUCAUGACAUCCUAGAUGUACUGACAAGAAUAUCACAGCAUUCAACACAAGCUGCCAAUGAAGUACUGCGGUGCCCCAGACUUAUGGAAACCAUCUUUACUAACUUUCUUCCCCUCUCAUGGAAAAUGUCUGAGCUGGAUAGUGAUGCUGUAUAUGGUGUUCCUGUCAGUGCAGCCAUGAGACUUCUGCAGACAGUCUGUUGUGCAGGAAGACACAUGGCUGCAACUUUGAUCUCAAAGUACAAUUUGACUGAUCGACUGAUGCGCUACACUGCUCUGAACCCCAGGAACAUGCAAAUGGCACUGCAAGAGGCUUAUUCAUUAUACACUGAAAGUUUAAGAACAUGGAGGGUCUGUGUGUUGUAUGGCUUGGGCUGUGAUGCUGUUAGGGAGAUGUACUCAACAUUUAUUGAACACCUGCAAUCAAUUCAAACUCUUUCCAUUUUGAUGACAAUGCCUGAGGAAAGAUUGGAACUCAACUGUGCAGCUGCCAUAUUUGGUGUAAUAGAAGCAGUCAUUCAGGCUGCUGCAGCAGCUGCUGACCAGCAGGUACCAGCAGAACGUCAUGGGAUGGACUCUCUACCACCUCUGGCAAUUAACUGGAGUCAUGUGACAGGAUUUCUACCUCUGAUUGGUGGAUGUGUAAAUAAGUGGGUCAAGGAGAUACUGGGUUGUGGUCAAGGUCUUAAAGAUCUCCAGUAUGAAAACCUCUGUCUCCUGUCAGGAGCUUUUGCUGGUUUGGUGGCUUUCUACUCGAAACUUCAUGACCAGGUAUCCCACUCUCCUGUGGAGACUCUACAGCAGUUAGAACACUUAACCAGUACUGUGCUCCUUCCAGUGGUAGAGCAUCAUGUCCUGGACUGGUGUUUUACACAAAUAAGUUCUAGAUCAGCUUAUAACAAGACUGGAGGAUCAAGGCUUUCUAGAAAGGCUAUCCCUAGUCUUCCAGACUUUGGCUCUAUAGAACUGGUGAACCCUGGAACAGAACUGGUGGAGUCGAACAGACCUGAACUUAUUGCAUUCACAUCAUGUAUAAUUGAACUUAUAUAUCAUGUCACCAAAUUGCACAGAGGAAUCACCCACAAGUUCUCUGCCAUUCUUUCCAAUAAUGCUGUCUUGGAGUAUUUGAAACUUGUUGUUGAAUCCCAGAAUGUUUCCUCAUCCUUCUUUGUUCGUCAAGAGCAUCAUUUGCAGUACUUCCUGUUGAAACUUGUCAGUAAUUUGAUAGGACUACCAGAAUCAGAUGAGUGUUCAUGUUAUGUUUCCUUAUGGCAUGAGGCUGCUCUAUCACUAUUCUCCAAGAUCUUCCCAGGCGAUGAGUUUUAUGCACAAGAUCUACUUUCGACGAUAUUGUUCAAUUCAAAGUUUUUCAGCAAAGUGAAUGGACCUCUAUCCAUGGGUGUCACCAGAGACCUCUCAGAAAUGACACUGGCUACUCCUCCAGUUCCAAGUACAUAUGAUACUACAGCUACAAGUAGAGGAGAUCUUACAGCCGAGGCUCAUAAAAACUUACCUGGUAUAAGGUCCACAUUCAAAUGUGCCUUUGAGGGCAUGAAUUAUCCCUUGAGAACUUCUAGGUCAAUGGCCCUUUGUCAAGUGCGUAAUAUUCAGUCAUUUAUCGUCCCCUCAUGCGCAGGUCCUCUUCAACCCGCUGACUGGGUGUUUCUCCCCAUAGUGGAUCUGUAUAACCUGGCAAUAAGUGUUGAAAUGAAGGGCGACAGCAUCAAUACCAUUUCAGGCUCGGCAGUUUCCAUAGUAACUAAUACACUUCAACUGGUUCUCCUGCUUGAGGAAUGGCGGCCGUCCUGUUUACGUCACGUUACUAUGGCAUCACGAAUAGCCAGGCUUAUGUGCAUCUUCUUGACAGGAAAUGAUCUUUUCCUGGACAGUGGCGUUCACAAUUAUCUAUCAGCUCUUUUGAAGAUUUAUACGAGCCCCUCACGUCUCUGCCACCUUGAUUUUAAUUCUCCAAUUCCUGGACUUACAUCCUUCUAUGACCUGUACGCAUCACUCCUGUCCCAGUACUCUGCAGUCUCCUUUGGAGAUGCUCUCUUUGGUUGUUUUGUUAUUUUACCCUUGGCUCAGAAGCACAACAUGAAAUUUAGAACAGCUGUUUGGGAUGAACACAUAGGAGUCUUGAGAGCUUUGUCAAUACCUCUAGACCAGCUACCCAUCCCCCUAGAGGAAUUCCUGUAUCCUGUUGAGCAGAACCAGUCAUUACUGGCGCUUUAUUUACGAGCUCUUGCCACCCAAACAGUCAGGCCGCGGUGGUCCCCUUUGUUUUACCUUGCAGCUGUUCAUCACGUUAAUUCUUUUGUUUUUCAAAGAGUCGACCCUGAGGAUUCACAUGAAUUGAAAAAGAAGGUAAAUUUCUUGAAGCAAGUUCUCGCAGUGCAGAAUGAGAGUGUUCAACAUGAUUUACUGCACUAUUUCAAACCAGCUACCAGCAGUUCCUUGGAGCCUUUUGUAAAAUUCACUAAUCUUCCAGCUGACCGACAACUCCUACUGAGAAAUCGCAAUGACCUUGAGGAAUGUCGCAAAAUUUUCCAGAAAAUGGCCUCUGAGUAAAGAAUAGUGAAAUAAUAUGAAAUCUAAAAUUGUGAAAAAAGCAUGGAUUAUAUUUAUUUCUUACCAAGUAAUAAAAGAGCAAUGAACAGAGAAGCAUAUGUA